CUGCCUUUCGAAAAUAAAUUCGACAAUGCUAUUUGUGUUUGUGUUUUUAUUUGUAAUAAUCCUUUUUUUUUUUUUUGCAUUUUGUUUUCCGUUAGAAAAAAAUUACAAAGUCCUAUACAAAUCGGAAAACGGCAUUUUUUUUUAUCCGUAUCGUUUGCUAGAAGACAUCAUGAAUCACCAGCAAAUCUGAAUACUGUGUUAGGUAAUUAUACUUAUUAAGACUUUGUGUCGAUCGAAUGAUACAUGUAUCAUUCUUUUUGUGGCUAUAUGUAUGUUUGUUUGUUUGUUUUGUGUUCAGAUUGUGUUCUAAUUUGUUGCAGUUCUGCAGUUGUUUCUCUGACACUGAAUGGUGUAUUGUUAUUAUAUUUCAAUUGGGAAUAAUAAUUUAAUCUGACUCAAAAUGUUUUGUUUUACUGUAGAUGUAUUAGCCAGAAAGGAAUUGUCAGUAGGUUUACAUCAGCAUACCAUUCAACAGGACUGUAUCUAGGAGAGAUAACAAAUUACAUACAGUUCCUCCCUCCUCUAAUCCUACGGUAACCGGAGUGAACAUCGUAUGGGAGAGCCACACAUACUAUUUCCUAUGCAGUACAAAUGCUACGAACCCUGCUGCUACUAUUUCGUGGACAUUUGGAGGCGUAAAUGUGACGUCACAGGCCAGUAGUACACAGGAGCCGAAUUUGCAAAAGCCUGGGACUUUUAAUACACACUCCAAUUUGACACUACUCAUACAGAAAAAUGAUGUCGGAAAAGUUCUGACAUGUUUCGUCAAUCAUAUGACGCAACCAGGGUCCUCGUUAUCAACCAACCAUCCACUGACUAUAUACCUUAUCCCAACUGCUUAUGUCGCAGAACAGAACCCAGUGGCAGAGAUAGGUACAUUUCAUGUACUCACCUGUAACGUGGACACUGUCCUGACCGCAACCGUCACGUGGUACAAAACAGGCAGUGCCGGUGAUGUAACUUUACAAAACAACGUUGAGAACUACGUGAUUGGAGACAGGACUUUGAGUUUCAGUCCAGUCAUCCUUGAACAUGAGGGAAGGUACAUGUGCAGUGCGUCUAAUGAUGCUGGAACUUCAGGGAUAAGUCCCCCUGUCAACCUGAUCGUGUAUCAAUUGCCAGGCGUCCCCGCUCUCGUAUUUCCAUCUACAGCGGUGGAGGGGCAGAUAACACGUGUCAACGCUACAUCAUAUGGGGGUUACCCUGCACCAGCUCUGACAUGGGAAAGAAAUGGUGUGGUUGUGGACAACACAUACACAACUGAUGGCAGCAUAACAUACAAUAGCUAUUCCUUCAGUGCAUCCUUAGCCGACAUCAAAGUGCCAUUCAAAGCUAAUGCUACCAACGCCUUUGGAGUGUUAUCAGCGUCCAACGCCUUGGCCGAUGUGUAUGCUCCGGCAUCACCACCUGGAAUAGAAGGAGCCGAUUUAGCAUACGAAGGCACACCAGUCACUUUCCAAUGUUUCUCAGCGAGAGCGAGGCCCGCUCCUGCAUUAUAUUGGCGCUAUGGGGAUACGGACAUGACGUCACAGGCGACACAGUCCACCUUCAACAAUCCAGACCUCGUCACUGUACGUACAACCUCGAACCUCACUUUCAUCCCAGCACCUGGUGACGAGGGGAAGCAGCUGAUAUGUAUUCUACACCAGCCCAAUGCACGUGAUACCAAUUUGUCGAUAGUAUUGAACCUGAAUAGUUACCCAGAUUUAAAACCUCGAGUGAGCCUGGAAUCUACCGCCACUGACGUAAGGAUUGGUACCGACAAGACUCUCCGGUGCCGAACAGUCUCGGUCUUGCCUGCAACAGUCCUGUGGUUUGUGGACAAUUUACAGAUAAGUCCAUCCGCUAACUAUGCCAUGUCUGGAGAAUACCUCACCAUAGUGGACUUCGAUACAUCAGACAAUGGGGCCUACUCGUGUAUAAGCCAAAAUGAUGCUGGCUCGUCCAAUCAAACCGGCCAGUUAGUUUUGACUGCAUAUGCACCUCCUGGUUUACCAACUAUAACACAAAUGCCGACAUCUGUUCCAAACGAAAACGAAAUUGUUUCUUUGACAUGUAACACGAGUAACGGAGUACCUUCCCCAAACAUCACAUGGACUAAGAAUGGCACUACAUUGUUCAACAAUAUCAUUACCACUGCCACAGAGACACUCGUGUCCAGUACUCUAACAUUCGUUGCGAACUACGUCAAUGAUAAGGGAGCUGUAUUUCGCUGUACAACUAUGAACGAAUUCAGAACGCAGUCCACAUCCCUCACAAUUUCCAGUGUCAACGUUCUUCCUACACAAGCGGGCACCACAAUUGUAGGGGAUUCCACAGUAUAUGAAGGGCGUACAAGUUAUUUCUACUGUGAAAAUGGCAGAACACUGCCAACUGCGUCAGUAACUUGGAUUCUUGGACAAGAAAUUCUUGUGGGUCAGACUUCUUAUGUUGACAACUCGGACGGAACAUGGAAGGUGUCUUCUAACCUUACACAUAUAGUACGAUAUUCCGACUCUGGUACCAUGAAUCUAAUCUGCCGUGUAACCCAUACCACAGGGUAUUCCAUCAACAAGACUCUACAACUGUAUGGAUAUUCCAAACCCAGAGUUUCCAUCUCCAAUCCUUCGGUAACCGUGGCGAAAGGCUUAUCGCUAAAGCUUCACUGUGUGGUCGUAUCAGAGCUUGGAGCAAUGGUUACCUGGUACAAAUCAAGCACUGGUGCGAUUCUGACGUCCACUGUUCUUUACACGUUUAAUGGACCCAAUGUUACCAUUAAUUCAGUGGCAGUCGGUGACGAGGGAGGAUAUUAUUGUACGGCCAGAAAUGAUGCUGGAAACUCAACCAAUAGUAACAUUUUUGAUGUCACAGUGUAUGCUCACCCCGUCAAACCAGUAAUUACAGGCUUGGAGAGGUCGGUAACAGAGAACACACUUUUGACGAUAAAUUGUACUUCCGCUGAUGGCUACCCACUUCCGGUUAUCAGAUGGUAUCGUAACGGAAGUCUGAUAUGGACAGCCCCGGCUGGUCUACACAGCUCGUACAGCUUCCAGGUGGCGUUCAGUGAUCGGGAAACUUGGUAUACAUGUACCGCUACCAACUUCUACAACAACGCGACCUCUGACCCAACGAAAAUACCGGAUGUUUAUUUACUUCCAUCCGGGGUAUCACUGAUUGGACCUUCGACAGUGUACCAGACUAAAAUGUCCGUUUUCCUGUGUACGGUUUCUCGAGUGUCCCCAAAUCCAUCAUUCAGAUGGCUUGUUGGAUCAGCCGUCAAAACUUCGUCAUCUAACGUCACAGCGACAACUGGAGGAAAUGUUGCGAUAUCUUCGUACUUUUCACACGUGUUCGAUGUGAGUGACAUGGGAAAGAAUAUCUCGUGUACAGUAACUCAAGUGGAAACUAACACAACAGUGACACGGUCUCAGUCAGUCAUCUUGCAUUUGCUUCCGACUGUACAGAAUAUUGCUAGAAGUGCAAACGUGGAAUUAUAUACCAACCCAACCGUCACAUGUGUCGUUUCGUCCACCGACUCAAAUUUCAGUGUCACAUGGUACAAAAAUGGUGUCGCAAUAGACACGGCUGGAAGUGGAGGAAAAUAUUCAACAACGAAGACUGUUCUGACAAUUACCUCUUUCCAGGAGUCUGAUUCAGGAUUAUACACAUGUAGGGCCUCACAUCAGGGUGGAAGCUCAGGGAUGAGUCUACCCACAAAUUUAACAGGCUUUGAAUACCCGUUCAAACCUGAAAUUACAUCCAAUCACCCCACCAGGAUUGUGGUCGAAGGGGUCACAUUGUUGUUAAAUUGUAGUACAACAGGGGGUGUACCAGUUCCCGCCCUCACCUGGAAACGCGGUACAUCUAACGUGAUCAUUGACGCAACAUCUACGUCAACGGUUGGCGGAUCAGGCACGCUUGUAUUCAAUGAAUAUUCCUCUACUGUAGCAUUCAGUGACAAUAGCUCGGUUUAUGUAUGCGAGGCAAAAAAUCCACAUCUCACAGUGAUAUCGACGUUUAUUCUCCUAGAUGUUUAUGUGACCCCUGCACCGACGGUCAUGCACUCACCAGUCCUUUGGGACGAGUCGAACGCUAUCGCCAGCUUUUACGAGGACCAAACGUACAUAAUAAAUGGUUCUAUACCAAGAUAUAACCCAAAAUCAGCUGUCUUUUACUGGCUAAUCAAUAACAUAAUCCAGACUCCGAAACAUACCGCUGAAAGCGUUACAGAUGAAAUGGUUUUCGCCUAUACAUCAGCUAUUGAAGUUCUGAUGUCAAAAGAUUUGGACGGGGGAAAAGUCACGUUCAUGGUCCAGCACCCGGAGACGACUUCCAGCAAUGUUUCGUUUACUAUCAAGAUUUUGAAUAAACCCAGAGUAUCCUUUCCCCAAACAUCUGGUCAAGUACUACAGAAUGAAAACUUUCCCGUAACAUGUAACGUCUCGUCAAGUCUGGACUACAAUGUCACCUGGAAGAUCAAAGGAAACAAUACCAGGCUUGCAAACUCUGCCAAGUACCUGAUCACUGGAGCUAGAGGACAGACGCUGACUAUAAUCAAUGCAAAUUUCACAGACAGUGUGAACUAUGUUUGCACGGCCAUGAACAGUGCAGGGGAGGCAGUCGAAGCGGCAGAGUUUUACCUCAUUGUGUACAGGGAAGUUGGACAGCCAGUCAUGACCGGCUUUGAUCGGUUUGUAGUACAUGGCACCGCUGUCUCCAUAUUCUGUAAUUCCUCUGGGGGUGCUCCUCCGGCGACAUUAUCGUGGGAAAAGAAUGGGGCUCCCCUGACAGCACCGACGCCAACAUAUGGAAACGACAAUACCAACCCUGUGUCUAGCGUUCUAACUUUCGUGGUUGAUUUCGUGACGGACCAGAAUGCAGUUUUUAAAUGCACAGCAAGCAAUUCCUUUAGCAGUCGCAAUGACCAAAAGAGCUUCCAGGACGUACACAUAUUUUCAAACAGUAUGACCCUCUCUGGAACAGAACCAACAACAAUGACUGCUGGGACACUCUAUACUUUCCAUAGUCACACGUCUGGGAUGUACCCGAUACCCCAAGUCCUCUGGUUUAUAAAUAACAUCCGACAAUACAAUGGCAUCGUGAUUGAAAAUGAGUCUGAAAAAGGAACGUACAGAACUAAUUCCAGCUUCAGCUUCACACCCUCUCGGAACGAUAACGGCCAUCAAGCCGUCUGUGUGUUUGAUCACACUCUCCAGACCGGACGCAGCAUAAAUGCUUCACGUACACUUAAUGUGCAAUCUCCAGAGUAA